ACUUAAAAUUGCAUAGUACAAUGAGCCCUACGAGUCCAUAAAUGUUUAUUAUAGCGCGAGUACUGAUGUUGAUUUGAGUAUCUUGAUAACUAUUGGGACUUUACAUUUAAUUCUUUCAGUGUUGUUUCUAAGGAAUAGCAAUAGAAGUAUUCUUGUUCAUAACUUUGAAAUAAGCUUUAUAUUUUAGUUACUUCUAAAUUCUGACCUCUUUAUUCCCCAGAUGGCGCCAAGGUUUGAAGGUAAAGUGGCUGUUGUUACCGGAGCGAGCUCUGGCAUUGGCGAGGCAAUAGUCAUUAAAUUGGCAGAGGAAGGGGCAAAAAUUACUCUUUGUGGCAGGGAUGUGGCUCGUUUGGAACUGGCAUUGGGAAAGUGUGCACAGGCCAGUAAAGGUCACCCAGAGCGUUUUGUUGCCGUUAGUGGAGACGUGUGUGACGAUGACUAUCUUAAGAAGAUAUUGUCCGAGACCAUCAAAACGUUUGGAAGGUUGGACAUUGUAGUGCCAAACGCUGGGGCUGGUGAUGUGGCUAGAACUGAGUUUAAUAUAACGUCAGAUGACUUCAAUGAGGCGAUUGACAUCAAUUUAAAGUCUGUUUUUUCCUGAUCCAGCACGCUUGGCCUCACUUGGAGAAAUCCAAAGGGAAUAUUGUGUGUGUGUCUUCACUUGGGAGCUCACUAGUCCUUCAUGGAGACCCCAUCUAUUGCAUUGCAAAGGCUGGACUUGAAAAUUUAGUCAGAAUUUUCGCUCAUUUUCUUGGAAAUAAAGGUAAGA